AUGCAGAAUCAAGUGUUAACACCUUCUCAAGAGCAUUUCUUGAAGAAAGAGCUACUGAAAUCUCAAAUCAGAACUGAAUUCUUACAGUUGAAUGAAAUCAAUGGGUUGAGAAAUUUUGGUUAUCCAUUUUCGAAUAUAGAUCCAAAAUUGAAAAAAUAUCAUCAUUCACACUCACAUACUAAUGAAAAUGCUAGUAUAAUAUCAAAUAAGGAUUCUAUAAGCCCGUCUAAAUCAAAAAAUAUGGAAAAUGCAAAAUCUUUAGAUGGUAAAGUGACACUUUCUAAUUCACCAAUGCUAGGAUUCUUCUUACAAGAAUUCAUCAUAUCUUUCCCUCUAUUUUCUCAAGAUAUGAUCCGGGAUUUGAAAUUCUGGCAAGAGAAGAUUCAAGUUUUUUUCGAAUAUUUCAUGAAUAUGAAAUUAUCAGAUACUUUUAUUAAGCAAAAGUUAACUACUAGGAAAAAUGUUUCAAAUUUGUUAAUUAACCUUUUAAAAUUGAUUUACAAUUCAGGUUUAUCUACUACAAGUGAACUUCUUUACUAUAAAGAUAAAAAGAUAAAAGAUAGGAAAAAUUAUUCUACUACGGAGGAAAACAUUUUACCUAUUGAUGAUAUUAACAAGUAUUUUAAUACAAUAGAUCCUAUAUAUAUAAAUGGUUGGGAUAUCAAUAUAAUAGCGGUGAUAGAAGAUAAUCCAACUACUUCCGCAUCAACUACCACUUCUGAUUCAUUAUCAUCUACUUCGUCUUCUGCUACUGAUUAUAUUUUUUCUACUCCUAAAUGGGUUAAAUCAACGUUUAAUUUAACUGCUUCCACUUCAAAUAAUCUUUUUUCUAAAUUAUCAAUCUCUGAUUCUACAAGUUCUAAUAAUUCUUCCAAUUCAAAUUAUAAAUACCUUAUAAAGAUUGAAAAAAAACAAUUUAAGAAUCAUAAAAGAGUUAUUAAGGUAUUUUACAUUUGGAAAACGUUUCAAGAUUUUAAACUGUUAGUUCAUGAUCUAAAAAAUGAAUUUCCAAGUAAAAAAUUGCCUAUUCUACCACGUCAUAAACAUAAGAAAGAUACCUCUACCAUAAACCAAACUUCAAAUGCAUCACAAUCCACUCCAAAUUUAAAUUUGAAUUCUAAUUCAUUGCAAAUACCAUCUGCUAAUACGAGUACAAGAGCAAGAGCAAAUUCACGAGCAACUUCGAAUUCAAAUACAUCAAUCCAUAGUAAUAAAGAAAAAAAUAAUUCUAGUUCAGAUUUAGAUGAUGAAGAAUCUGAAAUUGAUGACCUUAAUCAAGACGAGAAUAUUGAAGAGCCUCUCUUUGGGAAUAAAAGAUUAUUAUUAAGACAAUAUUUAAGAAAAUUAUUAAAUAAUAAAGAAAUUUCUCAAUCUAAAAUUUUAAUUGAUUUUUUAACCCUUAAUUCCAUUGAUGAAAAAACAUUAUUUGACAAAAAUAAGAAUAAAAAUUUAAUUGGUAAAAUUAAUAAUAACCAAUUAACUGAUAUUAAAAAUUUCGAAACUGAAUUAUUUCAAAGAAAGCUUUACAUAACAAAGAUUAAUAAGAUUUUGAAAAAUUUUAAUACUUUUAAAAAAUUAUUAUUACGAGACAAACAAUUUUUAUUUUUAAUAUCAAAUGAAUUAAAAGAGAAAAAUAGCAUUCAAAAAUUAUCUAAUGAAUUCAAAUCUUUAAUAGAUUGGUUUAAAUUAUUUUUAUCGUUCACGAUUUAUAAAGUCUUUAUUGGGAAUACGGAUAAAAAUAGCCAUGGGUUUUAUAAUCAAAUUAGAAGAUUACAUAAAUUAAUGCCAUAUGCAAUGAUGUCACAAAUUUUGAAAAUUUCAAAUCCAAUGGUUAUAAUGAAAAGUUUAAUUGACUUAUUCCUUGUGAGUCCAUUUGGUAAUUACUCACUCUUACAAUCAAUGUUUUCAACAAUUCUAAAUGAAGAUUUAAAACAUCAAUCUAAGAUUAUUAAAAAAUUAGAAAUGAAAAUUAUCCAAGAAAAUAAACAUUCUUCAAAAUUAAUUAAGCCUUUAAAACAUUUCAUUAUUAAAGAUGAAAGAUAUAAUAAAAUUGACUUUACUAAUGAAACAAAUGACUCUUCUAAUUCUUUACCUGUUUGUUUUACAGUUUUAAAUGAAAUGUUAAAAUUAAAAUUAAUUACCAAAGAGUUGGUUAAUGAAUUGAAAUAUUCGUAUAAUUUAUGGAAUGCAGAAAAUAUUGAAAAUGAAACUCUUGAAGAUGAUUUUGAUGAUGAUUAUGAUUCUACAGAUAUUACCAUGAUGAAAACGCAAAAUUCUAAAAAAUCAAGUUCUAAACUUACAAAAUCUUCUUCUUCAUCAACAUUAAAUUCUUCUACUUCUACGAUAAAGAAAUCUACGACAAAGAAAAUUAUUAUUAAAAGUUCAUAUUAUCAAUCUUUCCAAGAGUUAUUUAGAUUGUAUAUUAAAGAAAGAGAUAAAAAAAUUAUGAGGAAAAUGUGGCAAGAUCCAGAAUUAACACAAUUAUUGAAAUAUUUCAUUAAUUUAAUUUAUGAUCCAAUGGUUCAAAUCUUUAAAAUUAUGAAAGCUGAUGUGGGUUUAAAAAUCUUUGAGAAAUUUAUGAAUGAUUUAAUUAGACUAAUAGAUUCAGUAAUUAAUGAUGGUAACGAAAUUUAUACUCAAGCAAAUGUUAUCAAAAGUAUUAAUGACUUAAUUGAUAAACAUCAAGAUGCAUUUUAUGAUUUAAUUCAUGAAAUGUAUGUCAAAGAUAAAGAUGGUGUUAUUGAUGGUUAUGUUGUCUGGAUAAAUAAAUUACUUGGAUUUCUAAAAAGUAGUAAAUUUGGUAAUGAUGAUGAUAAAAAAGUUGAUUUGAAUAAAAUAUUGGAAGAAUGCGACGAUAUUAUAGAUAUUAAUUUAAUCAUUGAACAAAUUAAUAAUAUCAUUGAUAGAAAAGUUCAAUUAAAAAUUCUAAAAAAUCAAAUCCUUUUGAAGAAGAAAGCUCAAGUUUUUUCAAAUUUUGAUUCUAAUUAUGAUGAAAAUACAAAUUUUGAUAACCAUCAGUUAUCAACAGAUAGUAAUAAAGAAAAUUUUGUUGAAAGUGAUACAGAUAAUACAAAAAAUAAAUCUGAAAUGUUAAAAGAUUUGAAACGAACUCAAAGAAAAUAUGCUAAAUUAUUACACACUGAACUUGAUAAGUCAGAAAUAACUAAAUUUGAAAAGACUGUUAUGAUUACCACUUUUACGGAUAUUUUAUCCAAUUCACCAUUAGGUUAA